AUGGUUGAAUUAUUUAAAUUCUGGAAACGAAAACAGCAGGAAGGCGAAAGUGUAGCGGACUAUGCAAAAGUUUUGCAAAAGGAUGCUAAAUAUUGUGAUUUUGGAGAAUAUCUCAACAAAGCCUUGCGAAACCAAUUUGUGUUUGGCCUGCAAAACAAAGCAAUGCAAACCAGAUUGAUGGAAGAAAAGGAGUUGACUUGGGUAAAGGCUAGAACAAUGGCAUUGGCUAUGGAAGCGACACAAAAAGGAAUUGGCAUAGUGCGAAGUGAAGCUGUAGAGGUAAAAUUCGUCGAAAAAUCGAAAACGCCGGAAGGAAAACAAAAGAACCCCAAAUGGACACCGGUAAAGUGCUAUAGAUGUGGUAGUGAUGGGCAUGUGGCUAACAACUGUAGACAUGUCACCACUACAUGUCUCAAAUGCAAUAAGGUGGGACAUCUCCAGCGUGUGUGUCGCAGUACAUCAAACAAAAUGGCGAACGUCGUCAGAGAAAUUCACGACAGCAGUGAAGAUGAGGUAAACACAAUCGUGCAUCUGGCGAAGCAAACUCCUCAGCAACGCGACGCCACUUGCUGCCGGGUGCAGGAAGCAGGCCAGGUUGACGAGUGCGUGGUGUAG